AUGGACGACCUGGUGCUCGAGAACAUCUGCGACAGGGUCAAGUCCCUCGUAUUCCCCAAAGGAGAAGUUAUUGUCAGAGAAGGGGACCCAGUGAAGAGGAUGCUGUUCAUAGUGCGCGGCCACCUGCAGAGCAGCCAGGUGCUCCGCAACGGCGCCGAGAGCUGCUGCAUGCUGGGGCCGGGCAACUUCAGCGGCGACGAGCUGCUGUCGUGGUGCCUGCGCCGGCCGUUCCUGGAGCGGCUGCCGGCGUCGUCGUCCACGCUGACGACGCUGGAGAGCACGGAGGCCUUCGGCCUGGACGCCGCGGACGUCAAGUAUGUCACGCAGCACUUCCGGUACACCUUCACCAACGACAAGGUGCGGCGCAGCGCGCGCUACUACUCGCCCGGGUGGCGCACGUGGGCGGCCGUGGCGGUGCAGCUCGCGUGGCGCCGGUACAAGCACCGCAAGACGCUCGCGUCGCUGUCCUUCAUCCGCCCGUGCCGCCCGCUGUCGCGGUGCUCGUCGCUCGGCGAGGAGAAGCUCCGCCUCUAUACCGCGCUGCUCACGUCGCCCAAGCCCAACCAGGACGACCUGCUGUGA